UUAACAAGUCCUUGCUGUGUAACCCUGGUUUGAACAUCAUGAACCUGAUACUGUUCCUGGAAGCUAUCUGUAUUUUUCUGUUUGGCCAAGUGCUACCAUCUUUCACUAUCCAGGAUCUCUAUGUAAACCAGGAGACUGUUGUGAAGAUUUCAGCUGCCAGUCAAUUGAUGCAGUGUUCUGCUGCUUUGGAUGUCCUGUUUGCCUUGGAUGGUUCUCAUAGCAUUGGGAAAGGAAGCUUUGAAAGGUCUAAGUACUUUGCCAUUAAAUUGUGUGAUACCUUGACCAUCGAUCCAGAUAAAGUCAGAGUGGGUGUAUUACAAUUUAGCUCAAUUCCUCAGCUGGAAUUCCCUCUGGAUUCAUUUUAUACUCGAGAGGAAGUAAAAGAAAAAAUAAAGAAAACCGUUUUCAAAGGAGGGAGCACUGAAACGGGUCUUGCUCUGAAAUACCUUCUCCACAAAGGCUUCCCUGGAGGAAGGAACUCUUCCAUCCCUCAGAUCCUUGUCAUUGUGACUGAUGGGAAAUCCCAAGGAAACAUUGCCCUUCUUGCUAAGCAGCUGAAGGAAAAGGGAGUUGUGGUGUUUGCUGUAGGAGUCAGGUUCCCAAGGUGGACGGAGCUGCAUAUCUUGGCAAGUGAACCCAAGGAUCAAUAUAUGUUGUUUGCAGAACAUGUGGAUGAUGCUACCAAUGGCCUGUAUAGCACUCUCUCCAGCUUGGGCAUCUGCAACGCCACAGCUCCAGGUUGCAGAAUUGAGCCUCAUCUUUGUGAACGAAAGACACUUGAAACCAUCAGAGAGGUUACUGGGAACUCUUUGUGCUGGAGAGGUUCAAAGAAAACCAAUGCAGUAAUUUCAUCCCUCUGCCCAUUCUACAGCUGGAAGAAAGUUUUCAUAACCCACCCGGCCACAUGCUACAGAACAGUAUGUCCAGAUCCUUGUGAUUCCCAGCCCUGCCAGAAUGGAGGCACAUGUGUUCUAGAAGGGUUAGACAAGUACCAUUGUCUCUGUCCCUUUGGAUUUGGAGGGGAAGCCAACUGUGCACCAAAGUUGAGCCUGGAAUGCAGUGUCAACAUCCUUUUCUUGCUGGAUAGUUCCUCUGGUACAACUCUGGAGGGAUUCCUUCAGGCUAAAGCCUUUCUAAAGAGGUUUGUUCAGGCUGUGGUGAACAUGGACUCUCCGGUAAAUGUGGCAGUGGCCCAAUACAGCCAGGAGGUAGAGAUCCCAAUCCAAAUGGGAGAAUACGAGGAUGUGCCCAGCCUCAUGAAGAGCCUGGACAGAAUGCAUUUCACGGGAGGAGCCACACUGACGAGCAGAGCUCUGGAAUAUGUUACUGAUCAUGGCUUCAGGGACACUCUUCCUUUGGGAGAGACUCAUGACCCCCAGCCACGCCGGGUAGUGGUCCUGCUUACUGACUCAAGGUCCCAAGACCUUGUGGCAGGAUCAGUAAAAUAUGCCCGUGAUCGGAAUCUCUUCCUGAUUGGGGUAGGUAGUGAGUUUCUGAGAGCAGAGCUGGAAGAAAUCACUGGCAACCCAAAGCAGGUAAUAACCUACUCUAACCCUCAAGACCUUUUCAACAAAAUACCUGAACUCCAGAAAAAAAUCUGCACUCUCCAGAAGCCAGGCUGCCAAUCUCAGUCACUGGACCUGGUUUUCCUGUUGGAUGCAUCAGCCACAAUGGGACAGGAGAACUUCUUGAAGGUCCAGAGCUUUGUAAGAGAGAGCUCCCUCCAAUUUAACAUCAACCGGGAUGUGACCCAGAUAGGCCUGGUUGUCUAUGGCAGGAGGGUCCAGACCACAUUUGCCUUGGACACACACCCUACUAGCUCCAGCCUCCUGCAGGCCAUCAACCAGGCUCCUUACCUGGGUGGGACAGGCUCCACUGGCAGCGCUCUCUUGCAUGUCUAUGAUGAAGUGAUGACUGUGCAGAAGGGAGCCCGGCCUGGUGUGAGCAAGGCAGUGGUUGUGAUUACCGAAGGGACUGGCACCGAAGAUGCAGUUGUACCUGCUCAGAAGCUUCGAAAUAAUGGCAUCUCCAUCCUGGUCAUAAGUGUGGGACCUGUUCUGAAGGAGACGCUACUACGACUUGCAGGCUCUCAUGACUUCCUAAUACAUGUGCCUUCUUAUGAAGACCUAAAGAAUUAUCAAGACUUAUUCAUCGAAAAGAUAUGUGAAGAAGCCAAGCGGCCAGCCAACCUCUGCAAACCUAGUCCAUGCAUGAAUGAUGGGACCUGCAUUCUUCAGAAUGGGAGCUAUCGAUGUGAGUGCAGAGGCUGGGAAGGCCCCCACUGUGAGAACAGAAUCUUGAGAGGCGAUUCCCCCAGGUCACAUGGCUUGCAUCAAUAUUCUUCAAAUGGGCAGCAAGGAUACCAAUCACAGCAUUUGCACCUGGGCAGUUGAAUUAGCAUUGUAUCUUGUGGAACUACUAUAUGAUCAUCCACUUUCAGCCAAUUUACCUAAAUCAACCUUUCCUUUUCAAGAGGCAACAGCAUUGAUAAGCUGGCUUAUUGACUUCAGUUGGUGUUUGGUUUGAAAGUCAGGAAAGUUUACUGAAAUAUUGACUGCACAUGGAACUGUCCAAUUAGUAAUGCUAAUUGCAUAUUGUUCACAUGGGAAAACUAUAACAUCUGAAUUUUAGGACUUUAAAUUUUGGGAAUUUUUCACCUGCAGCAUUCUAUAUCCAUUUUAGGUUUGGAAAACUGAUUCAAGGUAUGUGGACAUAAGGUAAAAAAUAAUGUGUAACAUGUAGUUAUACUUGCAGUAUUCUUCAGUAUGGAAUUCACAGUGCCAAGACAGACUUACCAAAUGGGAAUUUUAAAGCUACCAGAAUGGAGAUUCACUAUUUGACAUCUGUUUAUUUUUAUUUUUAUUUUUUUAACAUAGAGGAAAAGCUUAGGGAGGAUAGAGUAGCUGGUCGAGACCAGAGGGAGAAUGGAACAUUGUUGGAUUUCAGUCAGCUGGAAAUCCAUACAGUUAGACUGUGUUCCCUCAGAUAGAUUGUGUUUGUUAAUUUACUAUAGUUUUAAUUAAUGUUAUUACUGUUUAAGAGUUCUUGAUGACCUUUCUUCUGUCCCCUUUUAGCUGUUGUUUUUAUUACUUUAGAGUGGGAGAGGACUAGAAAAAGCCUUAAAUUUUUUUAAAAAGUAUGUUAAUAUGACACAUUUUGCUUUUUUAAAAGAGGUCAACCAGGUUUUAAAAUAAAAUAUUAAGAAGAAAGCCUAGUUGGCUGGUUCUUUACCAGGAUUUGGUCAAACAAAAAG